CUGUGGUCAGUCACGCUUCUGCAAGCGGGCCUCAGGCAGCCGCAGCUCAUAUACCCAGCCUGCCAGUCGUUCCCAAGUCCCCUUGUAUCCGGCCGAUUCCCUUUUGGGCCUUCGUCAACGCAGCCUCUUCGGUCCAAUGUCCAUCCUUGCCUGUGAAUAGCAACCCAUUUUUUUCCCGUCAUGGCCCGUGCCUCCGUAGCGCGGUAGUUUGGAACGCCAAUAAAAUGGAUCCGACACCGACAGAAAGGAUAAGAGCGGCGCGAUACAUCAAGGCAAACGCGGCAUUCACAGCAACUGACUCUUCUCCAUAGAAACCCGACACGCUGGGAAAUGGACAAGACAACGGGGAUGCAAGAAGCCCGGCUCAGCGUAGUAUCCAGCUCAGAGCUGCAUACGCACUACAGACAUACAUGUACUCUUCCCGUCCCGCGGAAGCGCAGCUAGAGGAGGGUGACUGACGCUGCGGGCGCCUGCUCGCUGCCACCACAUCGCCAAUCGCCUGCCACAUUCGGCCCACUACACCAUCUCGCUCACAUUUUUAAUAAACAAUGUCACUCGAUUCUGGCACUGCCUGGCCUAUGCUUCUUUGGGAACUAGUGUCUGUGCGGCGCCCGGAGUGGUCCGCACUUGUGCUAGCCUGGCUAGUCCACGCCCGCCGCCAUCUCCCAGCCCCAGCCCGUCGAGAAGGACCGCACGCACAAGGAACAGCCAAAUGCAAAGGAGACUAUCCCUGUGAAUUGUGCACUCGCAGAUGCAUCCCUACGCACGCUAGAAACUUUGACGACGCGAUUCGGCUCUCCAGAUUCAUAUAAUCGUUGGUUGUUGAACAGCAUUCUUCCUGCAUCUGGCUGGCGGGCUCACCACCCAGGCUGAGCUUAGACGGCAGCAUCACUAUCCGGCUGCUGCCCAAAAGAAUGACUACCGACAGCCUCUUUGGGAUAAUUACAAGCACACAAAUGGUAUGAAUGAGCGCCCCGCAUUCCUUCUGCAGCGGGCGCACGCAACUCUCCGGCCGUUCGUUCAUCCUAAGCCCAGGCUGACCCAGAGCCCUGCGCGCUGGCACCCCUUGCCUACCCAUCGUUGCCCGCAACAUGCUACCAAUUUCAUCGUCCAUUGCCACCAGACGGUAGCGUGCUCAUUUCUCUGUGUCUGUGCCAAGGGUCCGGUCUGUCUGCCCAUGUGCAGUCCGCCUUAUCCACUGUGUCUUGCCUUGUUACAGCUCGUGGUUUAGUUUCUCUAGCGCAAUUUCAACAUUCUUCUAUGUGAAGUGUGCCUCUUUUUACUAUAACCCCUUUUUUCUAGUAGAAACCCUUGGUUUACGGAAACCCACUACGGUCCUCUUUCUGUCAGCUAUAGUCGUUGCUGUGAUAACUGAGCCUCUGCGUUGUGGUUUGGUCGUCCCCGCUUGCACGCACCAGUGUCCCAGCCUGGGAGUUAUUUUGGCCACUACGCUCGAAUUCAGAACACUGUUGAAUAUUGACAGUCUGUUGGUGUCACACAACUCUCAUCACCAUUGGAUAACGACAGAGUCAUUAAAAGUUUACAGCCAUGGCGAUGGUCAACGCCCUCAUAACCAGUCUUCUGGUGCAAGGAUUGUCCGCGACAACCGCCAACAUCGGACAAUGGGAACCGGAUCAAGUCAGCACAUCCAUCUGCCAGUGGAGGGAGUCUAGAGCUGCUAUUCUUCGUGAUUUCAUUUACAUUGAUGGCGGCGAUCUUGUGCUAUCCGCUGCUAAAGCAGGCGGUAAGACGGAUAUAGAACAAGCCGGUGGACUCAACCCUGACGGAGCCGUUUUGGCGUAUGAUUUGUCGACGCCCUUUAACAAAACCACCAAUGUUACGGACAUCUUGAUUAGAAACGCCAUCCUCAAAUCAUCUAGCCAAGAUGCAUCAGAUCUCUCCUUCACAGCACCAUUCGAGAGCGGUGGCAUGCUUGCCAACGAUGGAGAGUUCAUACUUUACGGAGGCGCCGUCACCGUCGUUGACGGCGUAUAUAAUGCACCCAGUAUUAACACAGGCGUUCGCUACUCCAAAUUCAAAUACGGUGAUGGUGUUGGCGCCUUUCGAAAUGGAUUUGGAGCCGCAAAGCUUAACAACAAUGUAACGCGACUAGUUAGGAACGGAGCUGCCGCCAGCGCCCCAUCAGAGAACAAAGCGUGGUACUUUUCGGGCCUGACUACACCUUACGGCGAUGCCUUUACAGCCACCGCGUCGCUUGACGCCAAUUCUACCGCCAAUAUCACCUCGAAGUUCUUGAUCGAGGUCGAUAUGAAGGCACAAUACGGCGAGCAGUGGUUAAAAUCAGACCUGCCAACCGCAACCAAGGGUCGCUCCGAAGCUGCAUUAGUUUGGGUACCCGUUGGUGAGCAAGGUAUCUUGGUCGCUCUCGGUGGUGCAGUUGAUCCUGAGUGGGCGAACCCGGAAGGCUCUGGUAAUGCAACAAACAGCAAACUUGUUAGUCCGGAUUUUAUGAAGAAUAUUGAUGUUUACAACGUUGCUGAGCGUACUUGGCACCAGCAAAAGACUGUGAACGGGCCUACUGGAACUCGAGCCCGAGGGUGUGCUGUUGUAGCACCCGCCGCUGACGCUUCCAGCUUCAACAUUUUCUACUACGGUGGAUAUGAUGCCCUCAACAGCACAAAUCCCUUUUAUGAUGACACCUGGGUUCUUUCCCUCCCGACCUUCACCUGGACGCAGGUAAGCCCAGGGUCGCCAGAUCACGGCCGAGCAGGACACCAAUGCUUCAUGCCAUACCCGGACCAAAUGAUGGUGAUUGGCGGAUACACCGCCAACACUGACAACCAUGGACGAAGCUCACCAUGUUUGAAAGAUGGACCUGUGGUUAUGUACAACCUAAGUAGCGGUAUGUGGAUGGACGGCUACGAUCCCGCAAAGUACGCUCCUUACAAGGUCCACGCGAGUAUCAGGGCAAACAUCGGUGGCAAUCUUGAUGGCAGUGGUGGUAGUAAGGAAACGAAGCCACCAAAGGGCUGGGACGACAGCUCUCUUGGCGACGCCUUCUCCAAGCCAUACAACAUGAAGAAGAUUAAGCAAUACUGGCCGUACCACGCCGCCACCAACGGGACUGCCAACAACCCAGUCGACAAUGGCAGUGGUGGUCUUCCCUCAUGGGUUGCCCCCGUUGUUGGUGUCAUUGCCGGCCUCGUUGUCAUUACCUUGGCCGCCGUGGCUUGGUACCUUUGGCGCCGUAGGGCCGUCCUCAAGGGCAGAAGCGAGACGGCGUCGGCCUCUAUCCCUACCGAGACGGGAGUCCGCGUCAUGUCAUGGAUCCGCGCCCAGCCCAAUGCCGAGCCCACUGCUCAAAAGCAGUUUGAAACAACUGAGUCGUCCGUGUGUGAUCCCACUCCGGACAUGUCGUCUGUUCCCGAGAUGACCAUGACCGGCUCGCCGGACCGCCACAUGUCUGCCUCGACAGUCUCAUCAUCCAACUUCCACGAGAUGCCCGACACGCAGGUUGUUGAACUCGGCGAUACAUCCACGCCUGUCGAGCUCCACGACACCGGCAUGGCUCCUCUGGAGAGCUACCACCGCCGAGCAGCCCGUAACGCCGCCCUGCGAUCCAGCCUCCAGUCUUCUCCGUCGUUCAAGUCUGACAGCAUCAGACGCCAGGACUCGCAGCACUCGACAGGCGGCGAAACACACAUUUCAGAAGCCACAUCCAAGACAGACUCUCCCAACUUGGCCAGCGCCUCGCUCGCCGGGCCCUCCAACCCCUUUACAAACGCCAGACACAUUGCCUACCAGCAGCACCCGGAUGUUCCGGUGCCUCCAGAUGCCAUUCUCACUUCUGACGGUGAACCUGUCGACUCCCCCACACUACCUGUGGUGCUCCCUGUCUCGCCUAUCCAGCCCGUCUCGCCGCCAUCUGCGAACGAGGCUGUUGGAGAGGAUUACAUGACCGCCGGAGUAAGACGCAAGGCGGUGCCUAAGCGGGACACUGAAUACAAAGAGUAAUGAUAGGUAUAUAUGAUCUUUUGUGUUGGUUUGUUCUUUUGGCCAGUUUAUAUGCCGGGUUUCAUUUGCAUUGUACGGUUGGAAAUUGCAAAACACCGUACCAGGAAAACGUUGUUGUCCUUUUUGAAUUCUUCUCUUCUUUCUGUCCUUUCCUUUACUUUUAUAUAUUCCCCCUCAUCAUGUCCAGAGACUACGAGAUUGUAAAUAAUGAAACAUUUUUAUUCCAUUUAAAAACACCCAAUUCACCGUAAAAUGCUAUAUCAAAAAACUUUUGUAUAUCCCACUCCCAACACUCCAUGUGACAAGUUAUGUCUCUUUAAACCUCAACAAUCUCAUUAUCCUCAUCCUCCACAAGCUCCUUAAUACGAGCCUCCGUGUCCUCGCCCUCGCCCUCCUCGUCACGCAUCAGGACCUGCACCAGUCUAUCACAAGCCUCCUUGACGCCUGCGUCUUCCACACGCUGGUGAGUCUCUCUGAUGAUCGGGUAGACCUUUACGUCGCGCAUGUAGUCUCGUCCCUCUCGUGUUGUUGUCAGCAGCAUCAGUGUUUCCACAUGUGUCUGGAUAAUAGUCGUGUCGGCAUCGCGCUUCUUGUCGGGCGGGAGUAGCUGCAGAUCAGGCAGCAUGUCCAUUGUCUCAUCGACGUCGUACUCCUCGUUACCGGUAAUCGGGAGCAGCACGUACGGCAGGAUAUCGAUUCCUUCUGACGACAUAAACGACGGGUGCGAGUCAAUGUCGAACGCGACAUUCUUGAUUGUGCUGGCGACGCCCUUGCGGCGGAUAUCCGACUUGUGCUCCGUAAAGACCUUGAGCUUGGUGAGCGGGAUCACCUUGUUGUAGUCCUGUUCUGUGAUGAAGAAUUUGCGCACGUCGUCGUACUUGGAGAGAUCGGCAAAGACGUAGGCGAGGUAGUCGUAGUCAGCGUCCUUGUUGUACGAGCCGUCCUGGCCCUUGACGAAGAGGUCCAUGAGCUGGUUGAGCACGAGGUCGUCGGAUCCGAGGGCCUCGGGGGCCGUCUGCUUGCGCGAAAGUAUGUUCCUCAUGCUGUCGUGCUUGGCGAGGUUGGCGAGCAGCAUGGCCUCGAGGUUGGCGUUCUUCUCGUCGGUUUGCUGCGUGGUGUUAGCGAUGACCUGGGGAAGAUUGCGGAGUACGUGAGACGUACGAUAAUAUAGGAGAGUAAUAGGUUAAUGUAUUUGUCGUCAGUCGCUACGUUUUCGAGAACGUCGGGGUCCGAUGUGAGGUUGAUAAGCAUGGUGAGAGCAUGUUCGGCGAUUUUCUGCGGAUUGUGUUAGCUUGGGUGUCACAUUGGAGGCGCGGUAAGAUGGCUUACAGGGUCGUCGCGCAGGAGAAUCUUGAGGUGCUUAAUUGGCUUGAGUUCUUCGGUCUUGAAGAUUGCAGGGUCGGACAGCGAGUAUGGCACGAGGUUCUCGGUGGCGAGGGCGCGAAUCUGAGGAUUCGGGUUCGAGAUGAAGCCCACGAGCUGGAAGGAUUGUUAGCAGAGUGUUGUUGGGUAAUUCCAUAAGCCUGGUCAGUUAUUUACCUCUUCUAGUUCGGUCGGCAUUUUGAAUGUGUCUUGAUUUGUAGGCGCAAUUGGUGAAGAAGGAAAAGAGAAGCUUGUCGCUAGAGAUGGAGGGGUGGUUUAGAUUUCUUCCAGCGGGUGGUGGGGGUAGUUUCUAGAAGCUUGUAGCGUCAUAGGGUCUGGGAAAAGAAGAUACAGCAAACGUAUGACUAUUUAUAAGCUAUCUCAGGUAUUUUUCAAGAAAUGAAUGCCCCAAUAGACAGUCUAAUUUAUUUAUAGUACUUUUAAUGCUCGGUAG